AUAUCGCAUUAUUUUCCCGUGCUGUGCGCAUGUCCGAUAUUGAAAACGAGGCGUGAAGAGACUAGUGCACUACUUGACUUUACCACAGUGUAUUAAGAGGAUUAUAAGAUUGUCGAUCACGAUUGGAUAGUAGCAUCACAUACACUUUUGUUGGAAUUUAAUAAGGACCUACCACGGUAUGUCGCAGGAGCUUCUAGAUCUGGAGGAGCUGGUUCGAGUAUGGGUCAACGACUUCCCGCUCGACAAGAGCCAGCGCAAAGAUGCGGACGACAUCGUGUCCACUGAUAUCAACUGGAAACACGUGCGCAUUCACCACGGAAACACCGAGUAUUACGAUCAGGUGAAGCAGUCCACUCCGAAGACGCACGUGCUCUUUACCGCGCAUUUCACGAACGACACCGAUCAGGAGCAGGUGUACACGUUGAAGACGGAGCGAACGACGAAAUCAACGUGCAACAUAAUGAUGGAAAAGUGCUACACGAUUGGAUUUAACCUAGAAAUUAAGCUGUGCCCGCCGAAUCCGGUCAUACAGGCGAACGCUGGGUUCAAAGGUGAAAUGUCCGUGAAAAAAGCCGACGAGGAGUCGUUCGAGGAACAACUCGUCUGGUCAGUGGAUAAUCAGAUAACUGUUCCGCCAAAAUACAAAACUAAGGCUGACCUAGUGCUGAAAGAGGACGAGUACACAAGUCACUUCAAAUGCGAAACUAAAUUUGAGGGGAAAAUCCACGUGACUCUGCGGAGCAAAAAGGACAACACGCCUAUCACCACAAUAACUGGUGACGUAAGACACAUAUUCCGUUCCGACCAAGGCUUCAGGGUCGAUAAGACUGGAAUUUACUACGUAUCCCAAGGGAGAUGUAAAUGUCGGUUCGGAAUAGAGCAGCACGUCAAACUGAGCCAGAUAGCACUGAAAGACGCCGUAGAAACAGACGAAAAUGAAAACUCGAGUUAGGGAAGAAAACGUGUGUAGUUUGAAUAAUUAACUUUAGCUUUAUACUUAGGCGUUGCUGUUAGCUAACCUGAAAUAUUCCCACCAGAGUUAAAACGGCGAUUGAAAUGAAUAAUAUGAUGUCGUAGGAAUAUAGGGUAUUUCAAUGUAAAAAUUAAAAUGGUGCUAGACAUGGCUAAAACAGAAAGUAAUGUCAAUCAUAUGACAAUUGUUUGACAGCGUACGAUGUAAAUACAUUGAAAAACAAAAAUAUAUUAACUGCGGAAUCAAACUUGUUUGACAUUUUCCUGUCAAACCAUUUAAAUGAUUUACAUGAGAAUUAAAAAUUUAGUGAAACAUUCCUCUGUAUUGCAAGUUAAAAUGCAUCGAACAUUAUUUUGUUAAAAACUGUUCACAUCGCUAUUUAAAUAUUGUCAGUUGUCCAGUCAGAAUUUGCCAAUAACACAUCGAUUUUUGUACUUUGGUCCUAAGGGCAUACAUCAAAAUACAGUGAGCUUUAUGUAUUUUUUAACAAAUCGUUUAUUUUAUCCAACAAACAUAUACAUUAUACUUAAUAACCACUAAUACAGUAUACAAUGUAACAUGUACUUAAAAUUUGAAUAAAUAUGAUAGUAUGA